UUCUUUCGCACUUGGUAUCAGAGAUACUUUGUAUCCAGUUGCGUUCUAUGGUAUCGUUCCAUUGUAGCGCGCCAUCAGCAUCGUAUAUUGGAAAUAGUGCGCGCGCGCGGGCGUGCGUGUGUGUUAUUCAUUUGUUAUUCUUAUUUUAUAUUUAUGCACCUCAAAAGCAGAAGGGAGGAAAAGAAGACGUGACAUUCACUUUGUUCCCAUCAUCAGUGCAUCAGUAAACAGCAGAAAUGGCAGAAGCGCAUCAGGCAGUGGCGUUUCAGUUUACUAUCACUCCAGAUGGGAUAGACUUGCAGCUCUCUCAUCAGGCCCUGAGACAGGUCUAUCUGUCUGGCCUGCGGUCCUGGAAGAAACGUGUUGUACGGCUGAAGAACAACAUAAUCACAGGCGUGUAUCCUGCUAGCCCCUCCUCCUGGUUGUUUGUUGUCAUAGCGAUUUUGGCCACCAUGUACACCCGCUCGGACCCUUCUAUGGGCCUCAUCGCUAAAAUCCAGGAACAUCUGCCGGUCAGUGAUUCUUUGAGCAUGCAGUGUCGGACAGUGGUUUCUGCAGUGUUAUUCAGCACCGUCCUCUGGUUGUCUCUGAUCUUCACCAUGAGACUCUGUCUGAAGCAGUUACUGUCUUAUCACGGCUGGAUGUUUGAACAACACGGGAAAGUGUCCAACACUACAAAGAUCUGGGCGGCCAUGGUUCGGAUCUUCUCAGGCAGGCAGCCUCUGUUGUACAGCUACCAAGGGUCUCUUCCCAACCUGCCCGUUCCUGCGGUCAAAGACACAGUCAAGAGUUACCUGGAAUCUGCACGUCCAUUAAUGAGCAAUUCUGAAUAUGAGCGGAUGGUGACUCUAGCCAAAGAGUUUGAGAGCAGUCUUGGAAAUCGUCUGCAGUGGUACCUCAAACUCAAAGCUAUGUGGGCCUCCAACUAUGUAAGUGAUUGGUGGGAGGAGUAUAUCUACCUGAGGGGGCGUGGCCCAAUUAUGGUCAACAGCAAUUACUACGGAAUGGACUUCCUGUAUGUGACACCGACACCGAUUCAAGCGGCGAGAGCCGGAAACACGCUGCACGCUUGUCUCUUGUACCGCAGGAAACUCAACAGAGAGGAAAUCAAACCUAGUCGUGUUCCCGGUUUAAAUAUUCCUCUGUGUGCAGCGCAGUGUGAGAGGAUUUUCAACACCACACGCAUUCCAGGAGAAGAGACUGAUUCACUGGUCCACUGGCAGGACAGCGAGUAUGUUGGCGUGUUCCACAGAGGACGAUAUUUCCGCCUGUGGCUAUACCACGCCGGCCGCAUGUUGUCGCCCAGAGAGAUUGAACACCAGAUUCAGUGUAUCCUUGAUGACCCAUCACCGCCGGCACCUGGAGAGGCCAAACUUGCAGCUCUGACGGCAGGGGACAGAAUCCCAUGGGCUCAGACCAGGAAAGAGUUCUUCUGCUCUGGGGUGAAUAAGAGAUCUUUGGACUGCAUCGAGAAAGCGGCAUUCUUUGUUUCACUGGACGAUGAUGAACAAGGCAUGUUGGGAGAUGACCCUGCUGGCAAUUUGGAUCGGUACGCCAAGUCCCUGCUGCACGGCAUGUGCUACGACAGGUGGUUUGAUAAGUCGUUCACGGUGGUGGUGUAUAAAAAUGGGAAGAAUGGACUCAACGCUGAACACUCCUGGGCGGACGCACCUAUUAUGGCUCACCUAUGGGAGUAUGUGAUGACUACAGAUUGUUUCCAGCUUGGUUAUAAUGAAGAGGGCCAUUGCAAAGGUGAGGUUGACUCCUCGCUGCCUAAACCUCAGAGAUUAACCUGGGACAUACCUGCACAGUGUCAGAAGCGUGUGGAACAGUCUUUAGCUGUGGCUCAGGCUCUGGCCGACGACAUUGACUUCAACGUGUUCCCUUUAGAAGAUUUUGGCAAGGGUGCCAUUAAAAAGUGCAAAAUCAGUCCAGAUGCCUUCAUACAAAUUGCAUUACAGCUGGCUUAUUAUAGGAACCGAGGCACAUUCUCUUUGACGUAUGAAGCAUCUAUGACUCGUUUGUUCCGCGAGGGGCGGACUGAAACUGUGCGUUCCUGCACCAGCGAGAGCUGUGCCUUCAUCAGAGCACUGGAGAGCGGAGAGAGUAAGGAGGUGUGUCGGCAUCUGUUCUGUACAGCAUCUGAGAGACACCAGCAGCUGUACAGGAUGGCAAUGACGGGUGCAGGCAUCGACAGACACCUAUUCUGCCUCUACAUUGUCUCCAAAUACCUAGGAGAGGAGUCGCCCUUCCUUAAAGAGGUGCUUUCGGAAACAUGGCGUCUCUCCACCAGUCAGACUCCUCUCCAGCAGGUGGAGCUGUUUGAUUUCGUCAAUCACCCUGACUACACCACCUGUGGUGGAGGAUUUGGGCCGGUUGCAGAUGACGGUUAUGGCGUGUCUUACAUCAUCAUCGGAGAAAGCAUGAUCAACUUCCAUAUUUCCAGCAAACACUCCUGCCCUCAGACUGACUCUCAUAAAUUUGGAGCUCAGAUCAGGCAGGCCAUGAUGGAUCUCCUGCAGUUGAUGUCACCAGAUAAGACAGGCCUGUCUAAACCUGAGCAGAACCACUCACAGAAACCCCUCAGCAAAAAAGACCUGUAGAGGUAGAACAGAUAGACCAUGACGAUGAAAACACAGGAGGUCGUGUGUGUGCGUGUGUGCGUGUUCGUUUGAAUGCAUGUUUGUUCACUCAUACAAAUAUGCAUUCAUACAUUCCAUGCUUGUUGUAAAAAUGUAUCGAUGCCAUGAAGCCAUGAACAACAUAAUGUAAUAAUGGUGGAAGCUGCUUCGUUGAAAACCGAGUUUUAAAAUAAAAAUAUGAAAGAGGAUUAAAAAUAGUGAUGUAGUUUGAUAGCGCAAAACUUUAGGGCCAGUUUCUUGAAAGAUUUAGAUAAAAUUUGGUCUUAAUUUUUUAGAGUUUAUGAAGAAUCUAAUUUAUUAGUGUACAUUACCAUCAGGGUGAUGGGAGUCUCAUGGUUAAUGAUCUAACCAGCUAGUCUAGGAUCAGAUCACAUGCUGAAUCGCCACUUAUCGUCUGAGGAAAGCACUGAAUCGCAAGUUACGAUGUUCCCUGCUCUUACAUUACUGUAAAUCACAUCCCAAUGGAAAUUCUCCAUUUUAACAGGUUAUGUAAAUGUGUAAGACUGAGAAUAACUUGACUAAAAACCAGGGCAGUUUUACUUGAAUUCCAGAGCAGAAUGACCAUAUAUUUUCAGUUUUCAGUGACUAAUGACUUGGAAUACUACACCUAACUGUAGUUUUAAAAAUGAAUGUCCUGAUAAAUUGAAGAUGCUUGUGACAUGUUGAUCUCAAUUAGUCAUAUUAAUUUUAAAUGUGUAUUUUGUUUUAUUAUUUAAAUUACUGUUUUUAUUUUUUGAAAUGGUCAAAUUAAAACAAUAACUUUUUACUUACAAUGUAUUUAGGUCAUUGGAGUUGGUUAGUUACCAAUGUGAGAAUGUCAAAUGGGAUCAAAAGGAAAACAUUUACGCCACAACUCAUUUCCAUUCAUAUUUUCUAGAUGUGCAGUGAGCUCCGUUGUUGAAGCAAGGCCAGUUAAUUGCAUUGUUUACUUUGGUUGAAAAAGUAUACAGAAUACUUCAAACCCAAAGAGAAAUCUUCUUACCUCCUAAAAGCUAGGGUGUACUUUGUUUUUCCAUGUGCCGUUAUGUCUCGCACACUUUUGACCGCACGGACGUGUUCAACAUUUGUCGGAUACUCUUUAGUACAGUCAACUGGAGGCAAAACAGGGUUGCACACAGACAGUCCGUAUGUAUGAUGAAAUGUGCGUCACGCACAUUGUGAGCGAGACGUGGCGGCACAAGGAAAACUGAAAUAUGCAUUGGCCUUAAAGGAAUAAUCUGGGUUCAAUAUAACUUAAGCUCAAUCGACAACAUUUGUUGCAUAAUAUUGAUUACCACACAUUUUAAUUUUGACAUACCUCCUUUUCUUUAAAAAAAAAAAAAAAAGCUAAUUUCUAGGUUCCGGUGAGUCGCUUACAAUGGAAGUCAAUGGGACCAAUUUGCAAACAUUAAAAUCUUCACUGUUUCAAAAGAAUAGCCACAAGAUGUAAACAAUAUGUGUGUUAACAUGAUUUCAGUGUGAUAAAAUCACUUACUAACCUUCAAAGUUAUUAUUUUACUUUUGUAUAAAGUUAUAGCCAUUUUACAACUUCGUUGCCGUGAUAUAGUAGUCAACAAACCUUAAAACGACUGUGAAAUGAUCAUUUGAACAACUUAAUAAUACAUGAGUUUUAAUUAUAAGCUUUUAAAUGCAUUUCUGCCUUUAAAUCCUCCAAAAAUUUGCCCCGUUCACUUCCAUUGUAAGUGCAUUUUUUUUAAAGGAGGGACGAGUCGAAAUUAUAUUUUUUGGUAAUCAACAAUAUUCCACAAGUGAUGUUGAUUGAGCUUGACUUGUAUUGAACCCAGAAUAUGCCUUUAAGAGAGCUCAAAGCGAAGUAGCUGCACACACUUCUAAAAACCUUCUAUGAAUUUUUUGUUCGUUGAAAAAUUAGUUUUGCUUAAAAUUUUUGCCAUUCCGCAACUAGAGUUAAAAGUUUAAACUCCGAUUGGUGAGCAAAAUGUUUUCUUGAUUAAUACAAUAUGUAAUCCAUUGUAAUUAGGUUGUUUAAAAAAUACAAACUAAUAUGUAGGGCAUUUUGUGAUUUUUCUAUAAUGACAAAAAAAAAAACUUGAAAUUGAUUUUAAUCUGAUAAAGACGUAGAAAGUUUCCAUGUGAAAUAGGGCAUAUGAUAAAUGUAUGACUAUAAACAGUGUGGGGACCUUGUACCUCAAGCUUUAUUACUUUGAGAAGGACAUGUAGGUGGUUACUGUGUUUUCAGAAGUAAAGGAAUGGGAUUUUAAUGGAAAAUCACACAGUCCGUUAUAUACAUCUUAAACUCACUACAAUCAAGCUACAAUCUACAUUUAAAAAGCAUUUCAUAUGCAUCCGUUCUUGCUGUAAGCCCUGUUACCCCAAUGCAUACAGUGUUGCCAUUAUAAUGUCUUUGAAAUGAAUGAACGAUGUUAACAUCUAGGGAAGGGCUGUUUGACUUUAGUUCCCAUUUAGCCACUUUGCAUUCCUGUGGCAGCUGUACCGUGGGCACUAUUAUAAUGUAUCUGUGGUCUCAGUUACACUCUCAUUAUCAAGCUGUUGUUACAAUAUAAAGUUGCCUUUCGAGUGCAUGACUUUUCGGUUCCACAUCUCCUAUAUAUACGGUAAUUGUGGAAAUAUUAAUAUAUAUUUCAAAACAAUCUGUUAACUUUUUCUGUACUGCCUCACAUUGCUUAUACAUCUGGCACUAUAUAUCUGACUUGAGUUCAAACCUCACUUAUGAUUUGUAUUGUUAUUGUUAUUAUUGUCACUAUUCUAAUAAUUAACUUAACUGAAAACAGUAGCAAUGCAAGAGUUUGUGUAGUGCUGAUAUUAGUCUGGAAAGACAAUGUUUUACCUCAUCUGUCUUAUGAAUGUUUAUUCAUUCAGCGAUUUCUCUUUAUCUGGGCCAGUACUGUAUUCUGUAUCUGCUUGCCUUUUUCUCAUAAUUGGUUUUAGAUAUAUUCCUUUGCACAGCUGAGCUGUACACUUUCUCUUGUACUCUGGCAAUCUGUCCUUCCUUUACAUUUUCUAUGUGAAUGAAAAGGAAGACAAAAGGUCACUUUUUUUAAAUUAAACAAUGUUCAAGCAUGCAUGUGUUUGUGGUGUUAUUAUAAUGGGCAU